AUGCAGUCCCCAUUCGUUUUCUACCUUUCCUUUUAUUUUGAAUUUCCAAUCACUAUUUUAUUUUCUGUUUUCUUUCUUUUUCUUUCUCUCUUUUUCUUUUUUCUUUUUUUCUUUCUCUUUUCUUUUCUCUUUUUCUUUUCUUUUUCUUUCUCUCUUUUCUUUCUCUCUUUUCUUUUUCUCUUUUCUUUCUCUCUUUUCUUUCUCUCUUUUCUUUCUCUCUUUUCUUUCUCUCUUUUUCUUUCUCUUUUUCUUUCUCUUUCUUUCUCUUUCUUUUCUUUCUCUUUUCUUUCUCUCUUUUUUUCUUUCUCUCUUUUUCUUUUCUCUUUUUCUUUCUCUCUUUUCUUCUCUUUUUCUUUCUCUCUUUUUCUUUCUCUUUUCUUUUUCUCUUUUCUUUUCUCUUUUCUUUUUCUCUCUUUUUUUCUCUUUUCUUUCUCUCACUUUUGCUCUCUUGUAGUUAAUUCUCAUAUUUUUUUAAAGUUAUUCUCUUUUGUAUUUGUUGCUUUCUAUCCUAUUUUUUUUUUUUUUUUUUUUUUUGCAUACUUUCUUUUCUUUUUCUUAACGCUCAAUUGUUCUAUUUCUUUAAGUCUCUUUCAUUUUUUUCUUAUAUCUCAUUUUUUCUCGUUUUCAUUGAAUAUUUUCUGCGUCAUAUCUUUCUUCUUUUUAGCCAUUUUAUUUCGUUUUUUCAUUAUUUUUAUUUUUCUUGUGUUUAUUAAUUCUCUUUUUCUUUUUCUCUUUUACUUCUUUUCCCCUCUUCACUUUCUUCUUUCUUCUUUUCCCUUGACGUUAUCUUAUUUCUUUCUUUCUUCUUCUGUCUCCUUCUCACACAACUCUUAUUAUUCAUUUUCUUUUCACUUUUCCACUCUCUCUUUCACAAGUCAUUGUUCUAUCUCAAUCUUAUUUUUUCUUUUUCCCUUCUUUUUCUUCUUCUUUCUUUCUUUCUAUUCCUUUUUAUUCUUUUCUUCCUUUUUAUCCUCCUUCCUUUGCACUGUACUUUUUGUUUCUUACCUGCCGCCUUGA